AUGGCACUCCAAACACUAGCCGCCGCCUUCAAAGUACGCCAUGACCCGGACAACUUGGAGGACUUUUCUCUCCAAAACUUCAAGGAUAGCAAUACAGCUAUGCCACCUGCCGUGCCUGCACCACCAUAUCGCCAUGCCGCACCAUCGGGGCCAUGGCCAUGGAUGGACUUUGACGUAGAAUCCACAACUUCUCCAACUGUCAUUGAUCAAUCCUGGCGGGGGUACCCUCGAAACCAAUUCGGGAACUGGACUCCAGACCAAGUAGAGCGUAGCAAGAUGAUUGAAAAGUGUUCGGUGAACGCAUCUAGCACCAUUUACUGGAUGGAUGUACUCGACAACGGGAGUUUUGCAAGCCCAAAUAUCGGAGGACAUGGUCAUACAACCGUAGUGGGAGCUCAAAAUGUGGAUCAGUUUUGGGAUAUAUUACAGGAGAAACGUACAGAAGGUAUUCGAGUGCGAUCCAUAUUUGUUGAUGACUUAACCCCGGAGGUCUUGCGCAUGCUGGGCACAAAGUACAACAUCGAACCAUUUUUUUUCACGUCCUCUAUCAAUUGGAUACCCUCACGAUACCAGGAAGCGCCUAUCCAUAAAGAAGGAGAUCACAUUACUAUUACCCUUCCAUUUGUACGAACGCUACGUAGAAAUUCUCGGUCAACACCCACCUCUGCAACAGCACCAUUGCAACCCAUGAACCUUCAUAUCAACACCCAGGCUCCUUUCCCUAUGAAUGAUGGUAACAUGCUCUUUAUCGACCUACUCGCGAUUCAUAUGGUCCGUGGCGUAAACACAAGCACCAUCAUCUCCUACCAUCCCGAGUCUACAUGGUGCCGGACAUCCGCAAGGCGCCUCCACUCGCUCAUGCAGCUCGUCGGGGGCAGUGUGUACUGGCAAAAAAUAUUCGCAAAGUCAAAAGACCCGACUUUCGCCUUCCUCGCAAUUUUGUGGUAUCCACUGUAUGCAUGGGAUGAGUCCUUUGAGCUGCUGUACAAACAUCUUAGUGAACUGGAGUCAAAGGUACUGCAGACGAAUAACAUGGAGCUCACGCGGGAGCUCCAUAUCCUCCAAGCGCAUCUCUUGCAACCCAUAAUCCGGCCAUGCACUCUAGUGACAGUCACCAAAGAACAGCGCAAAGAGUCAAAUGAUCUUAUGACGAGGGAGUCCGAGAAUCUACUUAGCGAAAUAGAUCGUUUAGAAAGGCGACGUGGAAUGUUAGGCAACCGCCUGAAGAAUGUGAUGGACCUUGCUUUUGCGACUGUCAAUCUCGAUGACAGUAGACAGACGCGAAAACUGACAGAAGCGACGGUCAGAGACUCGGCAGCUAUGAAACAGAUCUCGUACCUCACGAUGGUCUUUCUGCCGGCAAGCUUCUUAGCUUCUGUGUUUGGAAUGAACGUCGUAGAGUUCAAUUCAGGAUCUCUACAGACGCUCAGCCGCUACGUCGAGAUUACCAUUUCGCUCACGCUCUUUACAGUUUACCUCGUUGUCACGCUUCAGACACAUAGCUCAUUCCACGACCGCAAUGCUCCAUUCAUGAGGCGCGCAGUGUGGCCAGCUCUUACUUUAUGGAAGGCUAUGCAUAAGACAAGGGAGAAGACGGUGCAAGACAUGGUGUAA